GAGGAAGUGCAGGUGAAUACGUUUCGUUUAGUCUGUGCGUUUCAAUGUUUUACUGUGUGACUGUCAUGAAGUGGAAUUACGUGUAGUUAAUAUUGUAAUAAUCGUAUGAAAUCAUGCGUAUAUGUUGAAAGAAGUGGUUGAGAGGGCAGAUUAGGGAAAUAUCGUCCCAUUACUUAAUUGCCGAAUGCCUAGUUGCAAUUUACGGGCAGUCUCCCUAAGAAGGACCAGCCUGGAACUCCUGGUUUCAUUGUUUCAUCAUAAAGAUUGCCUAAGAGACCUACUAUAAUAACAGAACACAAGUAUGGCAGCCAAGUGGAUAACACAGGAGACAUUUGAUGCUGUUGUACAGGAAAAUAUAACUGAAUUUGAAAUGGAACCAGAAGAGGCAUUGAUGGAAGCCAUAGAGCAGUUUAAAUCCCAAGAUGUUGAUCUGUCCAACAUUGUAAAGGCUGUACAAAAACCUGGUGCUGAUGCUGAGGAAGGCCCAAGGCAUGGAAUAUUACAGACUCUGGAUGCUGUUAAGAAAUCCAUUGAUUCAUUGUCCCAGACUGAAGUAAAACAACAUCUGGCAAUCUUCAGUGACCAGUGUAGGACUGAAUUUGCAUACCGUUAUCUUGCUGCACAGAAUUCUGCGUAUCCUGUGAUUCUUACUGCUUGGAAACUGUCAGUAGGAGACAAAAACACUUUAACAAAAGCUUUGUCAGCCAUGGCUGCUCUAACAGAUGGGCAGCCUGACUUGCUUGAUGCAGUUGGACAGCAAUUACUUAUAGAAACCAUGCAAGAAAAUGCAGAUAGUUCAGAAGUGACACAGUUAGCACUUCGAAUUGUGAGACAUGUCUGCCUAAAGCAUGAACAGAAUCGCCAAGAUCUUGUUAAAGCUGGGGUCCUACCUUUACUUGUAGGUGCCAUUACAAAACAUGCUUUUGAAGAGGAGAUUGUGAAAGAGGCCUGCUCUGCUGUUAGGGUCAUGACAUUAGAUGAUGACAUAAGGGUGCCUUUUGGCCAUGCCCAUGAUCAUGCUAAAAUGAUUGUUUUGGAAAAUAAUGGCUUAAAAGUCAUUAUAGAAGCUGCCAAAGCUUUUUCAGAGAAUGCCAGUGUACUCGGUGAGAUAUGUGCCACCCUCUCCCGUCUUGCUGUUAGAAAUGAAUUCUGUCAGGAUAUUGUAGACCUUGGAGGCUUAAAUUUCAUGGUGGCUCUGCUAGCAGAUUCAAUUGGUUGUCAGGAACUUGUAAAGCAGGUUCUAAGUGCAAUUCGAGCAGUUGCAGGCAAUGAUGAUGUAAAGGAUGCCAUUGUCAAUUCAGGUGGUGCUGAUCUAAUUGUACAAGCUGUGAAUAGACAUCAUGCCAGUCCACAGAUUUGUGACCAGGGUUGUGCUGCACUAAGUAUGCUUGCUCUGCGGAAACCAGAAAACUGCAAAGUUAUUAUGGAGGGUGGUGGAGCACUUACUGCCCUUCAGGCAAUGAAAGUUCAUCCUAAAGAUGUCAACGUUCAGAAACAAGCCUGUGUGCUGCUACGCAACCUUGUUUCUCGGAAUCCCGAUUAUUGCCAACCUAUUUUGGAGAUGGGAGCAGAAACAUUGAUUAUUCAAGCUCGAAAUGCCCAUAGAGACUGUGAUGAUGUUUCCAAAGCUGCUUUGAGAGAUCUUGGAUGCAAAGUAGAACUCCGUGAACUUUGGACUGGACAGAAAGGAAGCCUGGCUAACUGAACAAAUGAUAGGAUGUUCUCUUUAGGGCCUUUUAAAAAGGCAAACACAUGUCUAUACCCUAGAAAACCACUUAAGUGAGAAAAAAUGGUGAAAAGCUGCUUGUAUGGCAUUUCUGAGGGUGCACAAAUGACAGAAAAAAUCUGGUCAUUAAGUGUCAUUUUAUGGAUUAUAAUAUCAUUCUGAAAUGAUGCACUGUGUCUUAAAUGACUUUUCAUACUUGAAAUUGAUCUUGUCAGUGCAGUUUAAUGGUUUACAUUCUUAACUACUUUUAUUUAUUUCAUUAUGGAGCACCACUUAACAGUAGCCAGUUAUAUCUAAAACAUUUACAGUAAAGUGUGCAGGAAGAUGACAACUUUUUCAAAGUAUAAAAGGGUGUUUUUUUAUUAGCUUAGCUUUUUAAAUUCCUAACAGGCUGUAAUAGACUUUUUUUGUCAGCAUAUUGAGAAGAAUUUGUUAAGGCCUUCCAUAUUUUUUCUAAGAUGUGACUGGUUUCAAACUGGUCUACUCAGUCGUCCUUGCAGAGGGAAUCAGAUGUUUGCAAGGGGCACACUUACCCAUUUAAUUUUUGGAUGUCAGCAUGGUAUCUAGUGUUAAUGACGUUUGCGUUGUAGCCUACUUAUUAGGAAGUGAUCUUGGGCCCACUGCAUUUCUCUUUUGAAUUGUGUGGCUUUUCUGUGCUUGAUGUUUGCCAUGAUAGUGUGAUCCAUUUUAGAAUAGUCUUUGACACAAGUUGAAGAUUUACUGGUAAAUCUUUUUUUUUUUGUAAGGGAAGAUUGGGAAUAUUUUGACUUUUCUCUCCAGUGUAUACAGUCCUUUCCAUCAUGGACUAAGAUUUUCCCAUGUUAAGUAAGAAACGCUAGUUAGGGUACCAACAUUGUUCAAAAGUUGAAUGGUGCAGUUAUUUUCUUACCCUCGUUACUGUUUUUUCAGCAUUUGAUAUGGUGGCUCAUGAGCUGGUAGUUUACAUUAGUUCGUUAAUUGGCGCUCAUUAUAGUUUCUAUACCAGACACUUAGUUUAAAGACAAAAGCUUAGGUUUUUUUCCUGAUGUAUUUCAGGGUGAAAGAUCCAAAUUUAUUUAGGGUUCAAAGCACGAUGCUCAUUGCUUUAGUGUCAUCUGUAGGUGAAUGUUUGUCAUUCUUAUCUUAUCUAGGCAUUUAUUCAGCUAGAAGAGAGAUGAUCAGUGAUGUAUGUGACAUUGAUUUCACAAUGAUCACUAGAUGCAAAGCUCUGUGGUAGUAAUUCUAGCUGUCCCUGCAGUCCAUAGCAGUCAAGCAGAAUGUAACAGCCAGAUUACUGAUAGACCUUCCAAGUACAUGUCUCCAGCCCUGCAUGACCUGUGCUGGUAGAUGAGGAAAAUCUGCUUUGUGGUUCCAAGGACAUCACCUGAACAUCAGGUUUCUUUAUGAUGAGCUGGCUCACUUGAAAGUAGCCUUUCUGAUCCCUGAGAAUUGUUCCCUUGUCGGGGAUGGUUGAUGUUGCAAGAUUCACCAGUGUAUUAUUAUGUGUUUUAUAGCAUGUAGUUUAUAUGAAUUAUUUCUGAGUCCAUGUUCUAGAGUAAAUUGCUUUGAAUCCUCAAGUUUAUCUGAAUAUAUGUAUUGUUGAAAAUAAAAAGUUUGAAGUGUACUACUUGGGUACAGGAUCGGUUAUACUCCACUUAUACUUUUUCCUUUUCAUUAUUUAUUAGUAAAUAAUUUGUUCAUAAAUUUAUAAAUUAUGUUGUUGUUUGAUAUGUGUUUAAAUUAUGAUUAUAGGGGCUGUGAUGUUUCAUACAGUAUAUUGUGAUCUCUUUUGGGGAAAAAAGUGGGAGGAAGCUGAAUUGGAGAAAGUUUUCAGAUGAAAAAAUCCUGACUGUUUUCAUGCAUAUGGCUACAGAACUGUAUAACAGGAAUUAAAAAAUACAGCUCCAGUGGGGAUUGUAUUCUAUGAUGCAUUUAAAUUUUGUUAAACGUCCAGAAUUUUUAUCAGUUCUUAAUUUUUUCUUUGCAUUAUGUUGAUCAGUCGUUAAACCAAGCUUCAUAUCGGGUUUGCAUAGAAUUUGUUUAGCUUGCAGUACAGAUGUAGCUUUCAGCUGUAGAGUUAACGUUAGCAUGUUUUCACUGAAAGAGAAAAAAAUUAAUGUGGAAAGUUGUGUUGUGGUGGGAUAGUGUUUUGAAUAGGGAUUGUGGUGUGAUUGCCACUGCAGAACCUCACUGUAGCCUCAAACGGUACACAGUUAGUAAAAAAAAUUGUACACCUUCAUUGUGGAUUUGGUUAGAGUUGUGAGGAAGAAGUUCUGAAUUUCUAGUUUUCGUAGUGCCAGAUUGUUAUGUUACAGCUACCUCAUAUCAACUCAGAAUAACAUUUUUUUUGCCUACUGUAAUACACACUGAGUAGGCUAGUGAUAUUUCCUUGUCCACUAAAUUAUGUCUUUUCUUUUGUAUGCCUAUCUUUUAAAGUGUUUUUCAGACAUUUUCUGAAGUGACUUACUGUAGAAAACAUGCACUGUAUGUACACAUUUUAUGAACAUGUAACUUUUAGGGCCAUUAUGCUGAAUGUUAUACUUAACUUUAUUUCACGUUUAUGCUCACCAGUAUGUUAGUUUAAUUCUUUUCUAAAUAUUUCUAAAGUAUGUAAGCUUGGAAUGUUCACUGUAGGGCUCCUGAUUUAACAACCUUGUUAAAACUGUGCUUUAUUUAUUUUAUAACUCAAAUAUUGAAGUUCAUUGUUAGCUAGGCAUGUAGUUCAGGAGACUUUUUAGGAGUCCAGUUCAUUUUCUCAACUUUUCCAGAGCACUGUCUCAUUAAAUUACAUGCUCACAGUCUCACUGUAGGCAAGUAGAGGCUGAGGGAAUAAAACCAUGCACUGUUGGAAGCAACUCAUUAGUAGCAGCUCGUAGCUUUAAUCUUGUGUGUUAACUGCUAGAUUGUUUGUGUUUUUCCAUUGUUUUUUUAGUUUAGCAUUUCAAGCAUCCUUUCCGAAGUCUUACUUCAGUAACAGAUUUUAGGAUGAUUAGAUAUUAAUUCUGUUCAUUUUUUAUAGCUGUGUUAUAUUUUUGUUUUCCCUUUUUUAUCUCUCCAUUUUCAGUAUGUUGCUUUUUUAUAUGGUGCCCAAAUUGAUUGUACUGUUCUUUACCUGAUCAGUUAGUGAUGUAUUUUAUUUUUACCCUUGUUGGAGCUGUUCAGCAGCUAAAUUUUCAUGGAUUCAUGGAAUUCUUGAAGUAAUUUUAAUUAUUUAUUUAUUUAUUUUUUUGUUUUGUUUUGUUUUUUAUAGAUAUAUCUAUCCUGAGCUAAUAACAGACAGUAUUGUAUUGAACGAGCCCCAGGAAAUGCAGCUAGCCAUUUAAACAAUUUCAGCUUUCAUAGCCUGCUGUCUUACUUCAAGUCUCAUAUCAUCUAAGGAUAUUUAACGGAAACAGUUUUUCCAGUUGAAUGUUACUUUCACUUAUGGUAAAAAUGCUGAUUUCCUUUUUACACACAAUAGAAAACUGAAUUCCACAUCCCAUUUCCAGGUUAGAUUAUAUCCAACACCUGUGGCAUAAUGCAACAGUAAGCACAAUGGGAGCAGCCUGAGUUCCGAUAAUGGCCUGAGUUCCAAAGGCAGGCUAGGGACAAGGAAAACUGCUCUUCUGAGUUUAUGUCUGCUCAGUUGCCUUCUGUCAGAGACUGGGGUCACUGUAGAAGGCAGACAUCUGCAGCGGGCUUUGAAUGUUGAAGCAAGACUGCGGGUCCUUAGUAAUGCUAUGAGUCUGUACAUGUGAGAUAGCUGGUAACAUAAAAAGCAUUGCCGAAAAGUGGUGCUCAAAAAUGUUGUCUAGUACUAUCCAUCUACUGACUGAAUAAAUUAAUGAAUAAAUUAA